AUGUUCAAUGAUGUGACCCAACUUACUGCCAAAGCAAUGGAUUUGAAUGAUGAACAACAUGAAUAUAAAAUUGUUAAAACCAAAGCGAAAGUCAGAUGCCGUAAAACUCACAGUUUGCAUCAUCUUAUGCGUAUCAAGAAGUCAGAAAAUCACAUUGUUGAAAGUAAGAAUUCUCAAGAAGCAUAUACAGAAACAUCUUCAGACUGUACUGCUACUGAUUCAGGUAUCCAUGUUAAUGCAUAUGAAACAUCUAGCAGAAAUUCUUCAGUCACUGCAUUUUACAACUGUAACGUGACCAUCGAAUCCACUGUAGAAAACAUACCUGGGAAUCACUGUAAUUUUACAUUAUCAAAAGCAGAAUCCUUUAAAAAUGAAGAAAGUGGAAAUUGUAAUUUAGUGUUGUGUGCCAAAAUUCCGGAGGAAGAACAUAUACUGUCUGUCGAAAGUGAUUACGGACUAAUGCUGAAAUACGAGUUUAUACGUUUAAUCACAUUCAAAGUAGUAAAAACUCCGGUUAGUGCUUUAAAACUUGCAAAAAAUGGGUUUUUCUAUACGCUAAAUGUGACGAGGUGCUUUAGUUGCGGUGUGACCUACGAAGGAUGGGAACUCUGUGAUAAUGUUUCUGAUGUUCACAGUAUGAUAUCACCUGGAUGCAAAAUGGUAUUAGGCACAGAAAUUAUUAAUAAAAGCGUAAAUGUCAAAACUACAAAAGAGAUGUUUAGAGAGUUGGAAAUAAGUUCAGGAUUAAAAAACAAUGUCAUCCAUGAAAGUCCAAUGGCAAAAUACAAAAUGACUGCACAGCCGAGAGGUAUUGCAGUCAUUAUUAACAAUGAGUUGUUUGAUGGACAAUUAGAAGAUCGAGAGGGAACAAACAAAGACUCAGAACAACUAGCCAAACUGUUGACAGAUCUGAAAUUUAAAGUUGAUAGUCAUCAUAACCUUACUGCUGAGCAGAUGAUAAAUAUAGCUCGUGCUUCUGCACAACUAAAUCACACAGAUUAUGACUGUUUUGUUUUUUGUGUACUAACGCAUGGAGCGAACGGAGUACUGUAUGGAAAAGACGAGAUUAGUGUGGAAAUUCAACAAAUUAUUGAUUUUUACCAGAGUAGCCGAUGUCCGUCUUUGGCCGGAAAGCCAAAAAUGUUCUUCAUACAAGCUUGUCAAGGAAUUAGUUCUCAAGCAGGACAAACAUUACCGACAGAUACUAUCAAUAUAGAUCAAGACACUAGCCGGAAAGAGACCAUUCCAAAUGAAGCUGAUAUACUUGUCAACUUUUCAACCGUUACUGGUUGUGUUUCAUUUCGUUGUCCUCAAAAUGGAACCUGGUUUAUUAAUAGUUUGGUUGAGAAUCUCAGGAAAUAUUCCAAAUACCGUGAUGUUAUAACCAUAAUAACCAAAGUAAACGAAGAUGUUGGGAGGAAAUCAUUACAAGAAGGCAGCAAAACUCACAAACAGAUUCCCAUAUUCAAGUCCACAUUAUGUAAACAUGUAUUUCUGAAUAGUUGAUAAUAAGAACUAAAAGUAGUUCGAUUAAAUUACCUCAUUAUUUUAUCAAUAUUUAUCAGAAUGUAUUAGAAUUGCACAACAACAAAUAUGAUAAAGUUCAUUGAUAUGAAUUCAUAUAUAUAUCAAACUUUUUAUAAUAAGUCACAAAUUGUUAGAGAUCCUGUAGGUCCUAGUCGUUAUGUGAUUUUUUAAUACUAACAUUGUGUCACGCACUGGUCCAUCAAAUCAUUAACCAAGUUUCUUAAAACUGAUUGAAACCGUUUGUUUUCAAAUAUUUAUAGUAUUGUUUUUAAUCGGUUAAUUGCAACAAAAACCAGUAAAACAACAACAAACAGACAGAGGGUUUAAUAGCACAUUUAUUUUUAUUAAAUCCUAGCAUUCAUUACAAAGUACAUUGUAUUUUUGUUAUUGAUAUUCGUUCAUUUUUUUAGUUAUUAGCAGAUUUUACA